AUUUUUAAAUGGAAAGUUGAUUGUUUAUACUUUGAUUUCGAAUGUUUCCGCUAUUUACAUGUUGAAAAGCUGAUGUAUUGUUUUGGGUGUUUCAUAUCCACUGGAAAUCAUAAAAUGCAAUUUAAAGUGACUAUCAUAGAUAAUAAAGUAAAACUUCUGAAUUUUUACUUGAAUUAGUAACUGAACGUUCCAACCGGGAAGCAUAACCUAAGAUGAAUUCUGAUGAACAAAUUUUGUCUUUUAUGGAUUUACUUGAUUUGGACGAGGAAAUCAUAGACCUGAGAGCAAAAAAUUUGAUGGAACGAAGCACUUUUACUGCUGGACAUCUAAAUAAUUUCAUCCAUUUGCUAAAUUACAAACAACUAAUAAACAUUCGCGAAAACAGCGAAUGUGAUAACGAGUCAGAAUACCACUUCAUUGGUAAACUCAUUACAGUCAUAAAUGACGAAAACGUAGAUGCUGUAUGUAAAAUAAUUUCCACAGUUCUUUCAUUGAACCCGAGUACAGUUGUAUUCAAAUCGGAACAUUUAAUACAGCAAAUACUUGCAGAAAUAUAUUUACCGGCCCAUACAAAUGUUAUAUGCACAGAGACCGACUUAGAGAAGCUCAAAACAACAUUUCUUCAUAUGAAAAUAUGUGGAAGUAUUUUAGAUGCGGUGGAAAAGUGUAAUGCCUAUUUGUCUUUACCAUUUCUCAGUACACCUUUAGAACACCUUAUUUGUAGUAAAGAAGAGAAGAUCUUCAUAUAUUUCUUAACAAAUACUGUUCCCCGCCUUUUUACUACUGUAAAAGGCUUUAAUAUUCUCGAUAGGAUAUGGGAUUUUCUCAAAGAAUUAAAAGAUGAGGAGAGUAUAGUGGCAUUGAAAGUAAUAUGUUGCUUAUCAAAUUACUACCUACCGGUAGCUGAUUCUAGGACAACUAUUGAAUCUCAGUUGAUUUUUGAAAGUAUGUUUUGGGAUUUCAUUUUCCUCGGUUUAAGUUCAGAAGAUGCAUUUGCUAGGAAACAAUCAAUGUAUUUAGCCAAAAGAGCAAUAGACUAUAUUAUGAAAACCAAAAAGAAUGUUAAUAUAUCAUCCAAGAGCAGUUUCAUAUGGACAUGUGGUGAUAGAGACAAUUUAAAAAAAAUGUGGGACAACUUCUUUAUACUUAUAGAUAGUUUAGAAGAAAAACAGAGUAAUAUUGUUCUACCAUCAAUCAAAUUAUUUGAAGCUGUAAAAGAUAUUGGCCAUUGUUGGUUAAACUGUGCUUUUAACAUAGGCCUUAAGCAUGAUAACACUCACGUAAAAUUAAGAUGCUUGCAUUACCACCUCCAAUAUGGCAUACACAGUGUUUUUGAAGCUAAAAAAAUAUUGGAAGCAAUUAAUGAUAUUGCACUAUCUGAUCAUCUACAUGAAUGCAAUAUUAUUAAAGAUGAAUUGAUAAAUGUUAUCAAAGAUAAUGCAAUACUUAUGAGUAUCUUAAAAGCUUUACCAUUAGUCAAAUGGUCACCAGUACAGCUGUACCAUGUAACAAAAAUCAUAAUGAGAUUUGAUGGAGUAUUAUCUCAAAAUGAUCAAACAGUUUUGAUUGAUCUUGUAAGUGUUCUGUCUAUAAUACCUUGCAAUAAUGUAAUAAUUAGAAAAUGCAUACACAUAAACAUAUCCCAUUUAAUUGGCAACUGUUGCAAAGAUUUACCUUGGCAAAAAUAUAUUCCUGUAUAUACAUAUCUGCAAUAUGAUAAAGUCACAACAUUGGGAGAGUCUAAAUUUGAGAAUACAUUAGAAAAUUUUAUAAAGAAUAACAUAGUCAUCCCACAAGAAGAUACAGUUGAUUUUUUAAAACUGUUAUCAUCAUCACAUGCCAAUAUUGAUUUUGCUUUAUUAUACUUUGACGGCCAUGAAGAUUCAGUUUUCUUAGAUUUUAUUGAUGAAGUUUUAGAUAAAAUAGAAGACAUUAGUAAUAGACCAUACUCUGACAAGACAGAAUGUUUUGAACAUGUUAUUUUUAUAGCUAAUUUGUUGAAUAAAUCAUUACAAAAACAUGGUGGUAUAUAUGACAAAAUAAAUACCAAUUCAACAAAAAAAUUAAAAACGCUGCUGCAAUAUUUUAUGAGCAUUUUAGUGAGUGAUAUGGUUUUGAAUAUUGAAAAGAUAACAUUUUUGUUUGAAAAUUUAGAUGAUGUUAUAACAAAAAAAAGCAAUUUCCCUGAAAAAGAAAUCAUGUUACUAUUGUAUAAAGCAACAACAAGUUGUUUGCAAGAUAAUGAUAUCAUUAUAGAUCAGAAAGUUUUGAGCAUUUUUAUAUUAUGUUAUUUGUUAAAGUCUCCAUUGUUCAUCGAAAAUUACAAACAAGAAUUGUUGGAUACCAAAACAGUUGUUGAAAUGAUUGCCAAUGUUAAAUUUAUUGAUAAUUUGAAUAAAGAGAAUUGUGGAAGAUUAAGAAAUGCUUUUUAUGAGAAGUCAUGUGAGAUAGUAAACAUAUUAGUUCAAAGUGGGAACUUGGAGUCAAAUAUUUUAGGAUUUAUCAAUGUGGUAAUAGAAAGCGGCGGAUAUGGAUGUCUCAAAUGGAUACUCAGGAUCAUGAACAGAAUACUUCCCACAGUAUUAAAUGAUAAAGACAAUAAAUUCGAUGUAAUUCAGUAUUUAAAUAGAAUGUGGAUAGAAAUAGAAGAACUAAGAUCAAAUAGUCAAUAUCCAAUAUGUAUGAAAGAAUUUAUCAUUAUGAUCACUCAUGAUGCAUUGUUAAAAAAACCUGUUUAUAACAACAUUGUACUAUCAUAUUGUACCAAAAUUAUUGAUUAUGCGUCAGUUAAAAACAUGCCUUUAUACCUUUUGGUCAAGCAACUAAAUAAAAUAAACAUUUCACAAUACAACCACAUGGUUUAUGUGUUGAGCGAAAUUGUAUUGAAUCCAGUAAUAUCAAGAAAAGACCAUAAAAUAGUUGAAAAUGCAUUACUAGAAAUAUUACGAGAGCCGAUUUACGGAGCAGAUAAACACAAUAUCUAUUUCAAUUCACACAUCCAGUUAAUAGCUGCCUCCAUAGUCAGCAAAAUAUCUGAGCCUGAAGUACUGAACACAUUAAUAUGCUUUAUGAUUAAGAAAAUUGAAGAAUUGUUUAAAACUAAACAGAGGUACCACAUCAAUUCUCAUCUCCAAAAAGCUUUACAGGCUUGCGUUCAAAACUUGCUUAUCAUUUUACUGAAAUCUAGAAAUGUUAAAAUUGAAAGUUCUGCUAUGUGGUGUAUGGAGUUUCUAGGCAGAAUACCUCAUCAACCUUUUGAAAGAAUAUGUCUUGAAUGGUAUAUAUCGCUGUAUUAUUACAUGAAGAAAAGUAUCGUAAAUGAGGAAAUACUACAUAAAUUGAAGUCAAACAAUGUACCCCUUUCAUCACAAUUUAUCAUAAUGCAUUGGAUUGUGUUACACAAAUUAAAAACUGGCAUUUGCCUCAACCAAGAAUAUGAUUUUUUGAUGCAGUUUCUUUUAUCGCAUAUUAUGGGUCCAGUUUUCAGUAUACGUUUGCAAGCUCAGUAUUUAUCUUCCAUACUUUAUGAAGCAAAUGAGCAUUUGUCGAAGAAUAAGUUGGAUAAUUCAAAGUUUGCGUAUGUGAUUAAAGUUAUAAAUAUCACAUUACAAGAGAUUGCAAAAGUUGGUGACAAAAGUUUUAAGACACUUAAAAAUGAUUAUUUCGUGAAUAAGUUUGAUAUAGUUGAAGAUCUUAUACCAGGUGGUAUAUACUGGAUUUUACCUCGACUAGCCGACGUAUCAAGUAAUGCUACCAUUGAGGAUGGUUUUCUUAAAGAUAUCCUUAGUCAUAUUGAAGUCAAUUUAAGUUCAGUUAAAGAUGAUGAAUUUCACAAUGAAUGGAAGGAACAACGUCGGAAAACUUCAGAUGUGCUUAAAUUAAAGGCAAACGACAUAGUUGUGAAUAAAGAAUUUGAUAAUUUAAAAGAUACAGGAACAAUACAGAAAAAAUAUGUACCGUGGAGAAAUAUGAGCGAUAUUGAUGUAUACAAUAGUGAGAAUAAUAAUAAUAAAACGGAGCUAAUAGUGGUGGCGUCUCUUAUCGACAAGUUGCCAAACUUGGGGGGAAUGGCCCGGACCAGUGAAGUGUUUGGUGUGCAGACUUACGUUGUAGACAGUGUGAGGCAUUUGCAAGACAAGCAAUUCCAGGGUUUAAGUGUAUCUGCCGAAAGAUGGGUAACCAUUGAGGAAGUUCGUCCUGGAAACCCCCUCAAGGACUACUUGAUGGUGAAGAAAACUGAGGGCUACUCUGUAGUCGCUGCAGAACAGACCUCUACCAGCACAAAUCUACAAAGCUUCAAGUUUCCUAAGAAAACUCUACUCUUGCUUGGGAAUGAAAAGGAGGGGGUACCGUGUGAUCUACUACCACUAAUGGAUCAUUGCGUAGAAAUACCGCAGCAGGGAGUCAUUCGAUCAUUGAACGUUCACGUCACAGCCGCUAUAUUUAUAUGGGAAUACGCGAGACAAAACAUGUUGUAAUUGUUAAUAUGUAAUUUAUUAUUUAAAUAAUAAGUCUGCAACGUU